AUGUUGUCUCGUUUGGUUACAAAACAGCGCCUCUUCAAUGUUCGCCAGAUUAGCCAAUUGCAGGCAUUCCGAGUGGCUUCUCCACGCAACUCCUCGGCGGUGUUGAUUGCGAGAAAUAAUUUCAAUGCUCAGCUGCGGCGGCAACAACAACAAUUGCGUACGGCAUUGGGGGCAGUAAGUUCGAGAACAUUUUGCAGCAGUAAUAACAAGCAGGGCGAAGAUGAAGAUCUCUUGGAUGCUCAGGAUUUUAUUGUCAACAAAGAUCAAAAAUUACCGGCAACUGUUGCGGUGCCGGAGGUGUGGCCACAUGUUCCACUGCUGACGACACAUCGUAAUCCAGUGUUUCCUCGUUUUAUGAAAAUUAUGGAGAUCACCAAUCCCCAAUUAAUUGAUUUGAUUAGACGUAAAGUGACUCUGAAUCAACCCUAUGUUGGUGUCUUCCUUAAAAAAGAUAGCACAAAUGAAGCGGAAGUUGUACAAAAUCUGGAUGAUGUCUACAAAGUGGGUACCUUUGCCCAAAUUCAAGAACUUCAAGAUUUGGGUGAUAAGUUGCGUAUGGUUGUUGUGGCCCACAGACGUAUCAAGAUAACAGGGCAAAUUCUGGAAGAACUUGUGCCACAAGAAAAAACAACAACAAUACAUUAUCCACUAUUUAAUAUUAAAAUGCAAAUACCAGCAGAUGAAACGGCAAAAACUGGUAGUACCGGCAGCAGCAAAUCCAAUAACGAGCUUGAACGUCGUAAAAUGGCCAGGAAGGCAAGAACAGGACGUCUGCAAAAACGUGAAACAUUAUAUGAUGCUAAUGUCGUGAAGACUCCUUUAACACCUGAAGAUACUAAAGCCAGUAGUACUGGUGCUGAAACUGUAACUGAGGAUAAGGAAAAACCCAGCACCGAAUCGACAACAUCUACAGAACCAGAAGCUCCUUCCGAACCAAUGCCAGUUUUAAUGGUUGAAGUUGUCAAUGUUAAACAUGAUAACUUCAAACAGACUGAAGAAAUAAAGGCCUUGACGCAAGAAGUUAUUAAGACCAUACGCGAUAUUGUUAUUAUGAAUCCGCUGUAUAGGGAAAGUUUACAACAAAUGUUGCAUCAAAAUCAACGUGUCGUUGAUAAUCCUGUGUAUCUGUGCGAUUUGGGUGCCUCCUUGUCGGCUGCCGAUCCAGAAGAACUCCAAAAAGUUAUGGAGGAAAUGGAUAUCACCAAACGUCUUCACUUGGCCUUGGCCAUUUUGAAAAAAGAAUUGGAACUCUCGAAAUUGCAACAGAAAAUCGGCCGCGAAGUUGAGGAGAAAGUCAAGCAACAACAUCGUAAAUAUAUUCUACACGAACAGUUGCGAGCCAUCAAAAAGGAACUGGGCAUCGAGAAGGAUGACAAGGAUGCCAUUGGUGAAAAAUAUCGUGAAAAACUGAAGGAUAAAAAUGUCCCAGAAAAUGUUAUGGCUGUCAUCGAUGAAGAGUUGAAUAAAUUGAAUUUCCUUGAAUCACAUAGUUCGGAAUUUAAUGUGACCCGUAACUAUUUGGAUUGGUUGACUUCGUUGCCAUGGGGUGUUUCCAGUGAAGAGAACCUCAGUCUAGAACAGGCCACCGAGAUUUUGGAUCAUGAUCAUUACGGUAUGGAUGACAUCAAGAAGAGAAUUUUGGAAUUUAUUGCCGUCUCACAGCUGAAGGGUACAACACAGGGUAAAAUUUUGUGUUUCCAUGGACCACCUGGUGUGGGUAAAACUAGUAUUGCUCGUUCCAUUGCCCGGGCUUUGAACCGUGAAUAUUUCCGUUUCAGUGUGGGUGGCAUGACAGAUGUGGCCGAAAUCAAAGGUCAUCGCCGUACAUAUGUUGGUGCCAUGCCCGGCAAGGUGAUUCAAUGCAUUAAAAAGACCAAGACUGAAAAUCCUUUGGUACUUAUUGAUGAGGUGGAUAAAAUUGGACGCGGCUAUCAAGGCGAUCCCAGCUCUGCCCUGUUGGAACUCUUAGAUCCCGAACAAAAUGCCAAUUUCCUUGACCACUACUUGGAUGUUCCCGUCGAUUUGUCUCGUGUACUUUUCAUUUGCACGGCCAAUGUUAUCCACACCAUACCCGAACCUUUGCGUGAUCGUAUGGAACUUAUUGAAAUGUCUGGCUAUGUGGCUGAGGAAAAGGUUGCCAUCGCUCGGCAAUAUUUAAUUCCUCAAGCUAUGCGUGAUUGUGGUGUCGAUGAGAAACAACUGACCAUUACCGAUGAUGCUUUGAAUACGUUGAUUCGCAGUUAUUGCCGUGAAUCGGGUGUACGUAAUCUCCAGAAACAUGUUGAGAAAGUUGUACGCAAGGUGGCCUUUAAAUUGGUGCAAAAGGAGGGUGACCACUUUGAAGUGAAUGCCAAUAAUUUGACCACAUUCUUGGGUAAACAUGUCUUCUCGUCGGAUCGUAUGUAUGAACAAACACCUCCCGGUGUUGUUAUGGGCCUAGCAUGGACAGCAAUGGGUGGUUCAGCAUUAUAUAUUGAAACAGCGCCACGUUCUUUGGUGAAGUCAUCGAAAUCGGAGGGAGCCAGCGGCAGUGUUAAUGUCACGGGUAAUUUGGGAGAUGUCAUGAAGGAGUCGGCACAAAUCGCUUUAACUGUUGCACGGAAUUAUAUGAGUACCGUCGAUGCCAGUAACAAUUUCUUAGAUACCACCAAUGUUCAUUUACACGUUCCUGAGGGUGCAACACCCAAAGAUGGUCCCAGUGCUGGUGUGACAAUUGUUACCGCCCUUAUGUCAUUGGCUUUGAAUAAACCUGUCAGACAAAAUAUUGCCAUGACUGGAGAAGUUUCACUUAAAGGCCGAGUACUGCCUGUGGGUGGUAUCAAGGAAAAGACUAUUGCGGCUAAACGCAGUGGCGUAACAUGCAUCAUUCUACCCGAAGAAAAUCGCAAAGAUUACGAUGAAUUACCCGCCUUUAUCACUGAUGGCCUAGAAGUUCACUUUGCCUCCGUUUACGAUGAUGUCUAUCGGAUUGCCUUUGGCCAUCAGGAAGAACAAAAACAAAAGCAGCAACAACAAUAA